AUGUCGAUGUUUCGAUCAGCUGCGGAAAUAUCGUCCGACGAGUCGAGCUCGGAAGACAGCGAGCUGCAGGAUCCCAGGAACGUUGCCCAGGACUCCGGCAAGGGCAAAAUGGCUGAACAAAAUCCGAAGGACUCGGGAAGCCAAGCGGAUACUUUGUCUUUCGACGAUGUGUCCGAAUUCUCCCAUGAUGCGCUAGAUGUGAACAUCGAGCGCCACGCGAAUGUGAUGACAGCUGCGUUGCUGGAAUUUUACUGCCAAAGUCGUGCGGCAGAUAUCCUGAACGCCCAGCAGGGCUCGAGUCGAACAUUCACACGCCAAUCUCCCGAGGUGCAGUAUCUAGGCAAGAAACUGUACAAGUACAAGUCACAUUUUCUGUCGUCGCAUGGUGUUCUUGCGGACGGCAUUGACAAAGAGGAAUGGGGCUCAACACGACAAAGCUAUCGCGACAACCUCGAUCUGCUCGGCUUGUCUGCUCUGGAUGAGUUGAAUCUGAGUGAGCCUCACAAGCAGCCCCCUCAUAUUGGCACCACCGAGGAACUGGCACUAGUUCCAGGAUCAAAACUGAACAAACAUGAGUCGGGGGAUAAUGCGCAAUUCUGGCUGGCUCGGCAAGGGGCUUUGGGCUUCAGAAAACAACUACCGCCAACAAAUAAACCUGACAUGUUUGAUAACAUCCCGAAUGGCGCAAAAGGAUUACCCAAUUCCUUCGUUCCUCUUUUUGGCAGUUCUCCUGUGGGUGUGCCACUAUUCAAUGCUCCAGUUGCUCAGCCCUAUAAUCAUCUGUCUCGUUAUUCCGUCGAGUUUAGUGAGCUCAAGGUCCUUGGCCGUGGCUCGUUCGGUGAAGUUUAUCAUGUUAAGAACCAUAUCGACGGUCAAGACUAUGCGGUCAAGAAAAUCCCGCUCAGCCAGAGGCGACUCGACCAGCUCCAGUACGGCGGUCAGAUCCACUUGGAGACCAUCAUGAAAGAAAUUCGGACCCUCGCUCGGCUGGAGCACGCCAACAUUGUGCGGUACUAUGGAGCAUGGGUUGAACAGGCACAUGUAUCCAAUCCUGCUGCAGCUGCGCAACGCUCACCUCACCUCAAGUAUGAGCGCACGCAGGUCGGGAUGCCUAGCCAAGCCUCCACAAAUGAGCCGAGUAUGGGUAUUGUCUUUGAGCACUCCGAGAGCUCAGCAGUUGAAUACCUUCCGAGUCUCGACGAACAAGGCUUUUCAAACGGAAUACAGCGUUGGGAGAGUCGUGCCACUACUUCUUCCCAUAUAUCAAAGAAGAGCUCGGGACGAGAUCAGAAGGAUGAGGACGACGACAUUGAAUCUAUUCCCCGAAACUUCGACAAACCCUCUUAUGGACAUACUUCCACAUUUGGGGCAACGGACGGUGACAUUUUUACCGAUGGCCUCAGUCAAGACCAGUCCAAGUUACAGGUCCAACGCCAAGCCCGUGUUGCGCAUCAACCGCCCGCCGUCAUUCUCCACAUUCAGAUGUCGCUACAUCCGAUCUCGCUCGGCUCGUAUCUGAAUCAACAAGCAGCCACCAAGGACGAGGGUGGCGAUUAUAUUUCCCGGAAACAUUGUUUCCAUCUCUUACCCUCGGUGCGACUGAUGCAGGAUAUUGUCUCUGGGGUAGAAUACCUGCAUGCCCAGGGAAUUGUCCACCGCGAUUUGAAACCAGCAAAUAUCUUUCUGUCCACGCCUGAGAAUAGUCUUCUGAACACCUGCGCAUCCUGCAGCUCUGAGCAUGGCACUCCACGCCACUUCUGCCGUCCUCGGAUCGGCGACUUUGGUCUCGUUGCAGACAUCUCCCAUCUGAACGAAACCUCUUCAGAUGAAACCGUGACACCAUACCGUGAGGGCCCGCCCAUCCAGCGGGUCGUUGGAACCGAGUUCUAUCGACCACCAGCAGAUGCCGUCGAAAACCACGGCGCCGCUUACUUUGAUACAUACCGGAUUGACGAGAAACUGGAUGUCUAUGCGCUGGGGGUUAUUCUGUUUGAACUGGUCUACCGUCUGAACACCAAGAUGGAGCGGCAGCUGGUUUUGAACGACUUGACGCAUGGAUCCAAGGACAACCCUACGGAGCACACGUUAUUCCCCCGCGACUUUUCCUACAAGGUCGACCGUGGUGGGACCAUGCUAGAUAAUGGGACGACGGUGGCCGAGGCGCUAAUGACCUGUAUCCGGGGCAUGCUGGUACCGCAGUCGCAGGCCCGAUGGAGCUGUCGUGAUAUCACAGAGCAUCUACGGCGCAUUGAGGCGGCAGUUAUAGCAUAA